AUGGCUAAAAAACGAUACCUGGGAUUUUACCUCCUUACUCUUUUCAGUUGUACUAGAAUAUUAGUCCAGUCAAUCCUUUUAGAAUCUGAUAGUGAACCACAGAUUGGUCAGGAAUUCACACUGACUUGUAAUACCUCUAGCGUAGGAAUCAACUGGUAUAGAAACAACAUAUACAUAGGAUGGUCAGAAAAUCAAUAUACAAUCGUGAAAUCUGAUGCAUGCAACAUUUCAACAGACCCGGAACGUUAUACAUUUGAACAUUGUGGCGUCAAACAUGAAUUAACUAUUAAAUCUUUAAAUGAUUUGGAUGAUGGUAGUGUUUGGAGAUGUCAAAAUCGGCAGGAUUCUCAUUUCUCCAAUAACUUUACUUUGACAGUUUUCACAGGACAGCCACGACUCUUUAUGAAUGGUCAACAACUAGUUUGCCUCUAUAAAGCUGAACAAAAUAGUGAUAUGAAAUUUCUACCUUGGAAACAUUCUAUAGAUAAUGAAUUAGUGAGAGAAAUAGAAGGUUAUUAUAUCAGUGAUACAGUUUAUGGUUUAAACAUGACUAAUAGUCAAAAUAAUGGUGGAAUUUAUUCCUGUUCUGUUAAUGAUGGUGGAACUGUUCAGAAAGUCGUUUAUAAUUUUAUACCUCAGCAAGCACCACACCUUUAUGAACCAACGCUUAAAGGUGAACUUCAAACGGGAGAUAAUAGUACAUUCACUGUUACAUAUUUGGAAAACAAUAUUUUGAAUCGUUUCGUAAACGUUUCAUGGUACCGGGCUGGUCAGAUACUAGAAACAGUCGACAGAGUAACAAUCGGAGAAGAACCGUCCACAAUCAGUCAUCCUUAUAAUAAUAAUAUUAAACUACCUGGUAUUAAAACUAUACUGACUAUAAAAUCAGUUAUUGUAACUGAUCAAGAAUUUUAUAGUAGUCAAAUCUGUAAUCAAAACGGAUGUUCCUUAGCUUCUUUUCAACUGGCCAUAGCUGAUGAUGUAAACGGCGAGGACAGUGAUAUAAAUGUAACUGAAGCAGUUAUUGUAGCUGUCCUAGCAGUAGCUUUACUGAUAGUCGGAAUUUUUGUUUUUAUCAAAUGUAGAAAAUACAGAGCUUCCAAACAAAGUGAAAGUUGUGAACAAAACGUUUAUGACAGUACAGUUCCAACACCAACACCAACACCAGCUUCUGUCUAUGAUACUUUAGGCACAACUGAAAACGAAAAUGGAUCUAGUGAAUAUGACAGAGCAAUUCAUGUACCAAGUCCUGCAUCAGAAUAUACAACACUAGGUCAGCAGAGUCAAUAUGAAAAUACUGCGAACCAACCUCCAUCUGUUUAUUAUAAUACACUUUCUGGUGUUUCAAUGACUGAAAAACUUAAAGAAGAGACAGAUAAUUCCAAUGAAUACGAAAAUCCAAAGGGCCACAAAGAAACGGGAAAAUGAUCUGUUUUGGCAUUUUUUCGUUCAUAUCUUUUAUGAUUAAAUUUGCGAUGUAACAUUUCCCUGGUUAAUAAAGUAAUAUUUUGUUUAU